UCACAACAGUCAUUUUAUAACCGAGGGAGGGGGACGAGAUAAAUGAUUGACGCAAACCUCGCAGAACACAUAAUCUGAUCAACUGCACUGACGAGGACUACGCGUGCAACAGUAUUAGCUAGCUUGCUAGCAAGCUAACUGGGUCCCAGUAUGUUUCCAGCCAGCAGGUAUACGCUGCAAGCACGAAAAUGUGUCCGGGCUCUGAAGGCCCUCCGCAGAGAACAUCUUUCGCCGCACACGUCGCGAUGGUCUUCAACAUCCGCCCCAGUGCCUCGUAUUACGUCCCACUAUACCAUACACCCAAGGGACAAGGACCCGAGAUGGGAAGGAGUGGAGAUGGAGAGAUAUGCGGAUGAGGCAGAUGUGGUGAUCGUGGGAGGUGGCCCCGCGGGCCUGUCGGCCGCCAUCCGACUGAAGCAGCUGGCCAACGAGCACAACAAGGAGCUCCGCGUGUGUUUGGUGGAGAAAGCCUCCCAGAUUGGAGCCCACACCCUCUCUGGAGCCUGCCUGGAGCCCAGUGCCCUCACUGAGCUCUUUCCAGACUGGAAGGAGAGAGGGGCGCCUCUGAACACACCAGUCACAGAAGAUAAAUUUGGAAUUUUAACGAAAAAGUACAGAAUUCCAGUCCCGAUGUUACCAGGGCUCCCGAUGAACAACCACGGUAACUACAUAGUUCGGCUGGGCCAUUUCGUGCGAUGGCUCGGAGAACAGGCAGAGGAGCUGGGGGUGGAGCUGUAUCCUGGUUACGCUGCUGCCGAGGUAUUAUUCCACGAAGAUGGAAGCGUGAAGGGGAUUGCUACAAAUGAUGUGGGAAUUGCUAAAGAUGGCUCACCUAAAGAUACAUUUGAGAGAGGGAUGGAGCUUCAUGCUAAAGUAACAAUAUUUGGAGAGGGCUGCCAUGGGCACCUAGCAAAGCAACUGUAUAAACACUUCAACCUGAGAGAGAACUGUCAGGCGCAGACCUACGCCAUUGGACUAAAAGAGCUGUGGGUCAUUGAUGAGAAGAAGUGGAAACCCGGCUGCGUGGAGCACACGGUGGGCUGGCCCCUGGACAGAAACACAUACGGAGGAUCUUUCCUCUAUCACCUGAAUGAAGGGGAACCGUUGGUCGCCUUGGGCUUUGUGGUGGGUUUGGACUACAAGAAUCCCUACCUAAGUCCGUUCAGGGAGUUUCAGCGCUGGAAGCAUCACCCCUCUGUGGCCCCGACCCUGGAGGGGGCCAACAGAAUUGCUUACGGGGCCAGAGCGCUUAACGAGGGCGGAUUCCAGUCCCUGCCCAAGCUGACGUUCCCUGGCGGGCUGCUGAUUGGGUGCAGUCCUGGCUUCAUGAAUGUGCCGAAGAUCAAAGGCACACACACAGCCAUGAAGAGUGGGAUGCUGGCGGCCGAGGCUGUCUUCCAGAAGAUCACAGACGAGGGCCUGCAGUCGGAGACGGCUGGGGUCCAUGUUCCUGAAUAUGAAGAGAACUUGAAAAAUUCUUGGAUUUGGAAAGAGUUGUAUGCUGUGAGGAACAUCCGGCCUUCUUUCCACAAUUAUUUUGGACUUUAUGGAGGAAUGGUGUACACUGGGUUAUUUUACUGGAUACUCAGAGGAAAAGAGCCAUGGACCUUGAAGCACUCAGGUAAGGACUCCGCUCAGCUGAAGCCAGCUAAGGAGUGCACCCCGAUUGAGUACCCCAAGCCGGACGGCAAGAUCAGCUUUGACCUGCUGUCCUCUGUCGCCCUGAGCGGGACCAACCAUGAGCACGACCAGCCCCCACACCUCACCCUCCAGGACGACAGCGUCCCCGUCGCGAGGAACCUUUCCGUCUACGACGGACCGGAGCAGCGCUUCUGUCCUGCAGGAGUGUAUGAGUACGUCCCCCUCGAAACGGGAGAGGGCAUGAGGCUGCAGAUCAACGCGCAGAACUGCGUCCACUGCAAGACCUGCGACAUCAAGGACCCCAGCCAGAACAUCAACUGGGUGGUACCAGAGGGUAGCGGGGGGCCGGCGUACAACGGCAUGUGACCUCUGACGAGGUCUCCUGAUGACAGCACUACAACAUCAGUGACGGACAGGGCAGUGUUCCACGGAGCGAAACUGUGUCGUGAAGUUAAUUUCGUGCCUAGUUACUCAACCAAAUUGUAGCAGUUACCAGAAAGGGCAUUGGGCUGGAAAGUCAACUUAUGCAGAGGAAAAAAGCCUUGUAUGUGAAAUUGUCUGUCAGUUGGACAAUUUGUUGAACAAACCAAAAAGGUUAUUUUUGUGUUUGUACUGCGCACAGAUAAAACUGUAAAGGAACUGGCCUUGGCUGGAACGUUUCAGGCUGGUUUAGCCGGUUGUGACUUGAAUUUGAGAAACCUUUGGAAAUUUGUAUCUAACGGGUCAAUGUUUGUUUUGGCAGCUGUUGCAGGUACUGUUAUCAGCACAGCAGCCUGUUACUUGUGUACAGAACGGUGAUGUAUGCCUGAC